AUGAUCAAAUCUGCAUCUGUCGCUGCUCCUUUACCUUCCUCCUCUAUAAAGAUCAAUGGCCUCUCUUCCAACCUCUCUCCUCCAAUACUGUCCUCCUCUCUUCCUCCUCUUCCUCCUCUUCCAAAGAAAGUAAAACGAACAAAGACCUUCACCGGUUGCUGGACCUGUCGCAAAAGAAAGGUAAAAUGCGAUGGAGGAAAGCCUUCAUGCCAGGUCUGCCAAAAGUCCAACAAACCCUGUGAUGGAUACGAUAUAAAGCUCUGUUGGUUAACACCUUUGAAAUACGACAGACAAGGCAAUGUCAUCUCAGACACCUCCAACACCUCCAGAAAGAAGGACGAACCAGAAACCCUCAACGACAACGACAUCAGAUUCAUCAAAGACGAGAAAGACCUGAAGCUCAAAGACAGAGACUCCAAAGGCAGCGACACUGAAGGCACCUCUUCCUCUGGAGAGCAGUAUUUCCAACGAAGAAGCAUAGAAUUUGUCAAGUAUCCCAUCAAUAUGAUCUACAAGACCUAUGCUGAAAUGGACAAACACCUCUCGAUGCUUAAUUCUCUCUCCACCACUGAAUUUGUAGAUCCUCCCAACAAAACAAACUCCUUUGGUCCCUUUUCUGUCUUCCUUAUGGACCCUGAAAGAAUUAACUCUGCUUCUCUAAACAACUCCUCCACCUCCAAUUCCACCUCCAAUUCCAACACAAAAAACACAAAACUGAACAAAACCAGAAAAAUUCCCAAAAAUCAAAGAUACAAAAGAUCAUCGCCAUUUAAAGACCUUACCACUCCCAAGAAGAGAAAAGACUCCCUCUCAGGCUUACCAUCCACCAUCAUAUCCAACAUGGUUGAAAUUGAUUCCAACCAUGAUCCACAGCUCAUUACCAUUGCUGCCAAAAACCACAUUCAAAACAUAGAUCCUGUUCUGUUUGCCUCAAUCACUCCAACAACUCCAAGCCCAUCUGAUUCUCAAUGCAAAACUCCCUCCUUGUUCAAUAACACAUAUUCUCACUCUUCAAACCGUAAUUCCAUCUCAGAGCCAAUCAACUACAUCUCAAUAUCUCUCCAAAACCGUAAUGGCCAGCAUCUGAAUCUGAUCCCAAACUAUAAUAUAACUUCUCUUGAUUCUCAAAAUGUCUCCAAUAAGAUUCAGGAUCAAGUAACAGACAACGACUCGUCUCAACCUUCAAACACUAACCACACUUUUAUUUCAACUUCUAUCGAUCGAUCUUCCACUUUUAAUGACAUAAACAUGGCUGUUAGCUUCCAAAAUCUGCCUCAAAAUCUUGACUAUAACUAUACCGAAAAUGCAACUACACCUCAAAACCUAAACUUAAACCAGUCUCAAAGCUUUGUCUACAAUAACUCUAACAACACCACAAAUAACAAUAACCACUCUCAAAAUCAAUGGGAUAACCAGAUCAACACUUACCAAAGAUCACAAAAUUUAAAUGGUCAUACUAACUAUAGCAUUUCAGAAAAUAAUAGGUAUUUCUACUCACAUGCUCUCGAUUACAACAGUUACAAUCAAAAUAAAAAUACACACGAUAUUGUCUCUGUGGACUACUCACAAAAACAAAAUUCCAUUUCUCAAUCAAACAGAAAAAAUCCAUUUGAUCCAAAUAUUUCAUCAACAUCUUCUCAAUUUAGACAAAUCGACAACGAAAACCCAAUAAACCCCAGCUUAUUUCAUUAUAAUCACAAUUCAAACAUUUCUCCAUCAAACACUCAAAUUUUUACCUCUCAACUUAUUCAUUCUGAUAAUCCUCAAUCCAUGCCUAACGAUUUCUCCACUAAUUUAUCAAAUUACAAUUAUUCCACCAAUAAUAUCGAUAAAAGAAUCGAUUUAAAUCCUCGUAGUAUUGAUGAUAACAUAAUUUUCGAAGAUUCUAAUGAAAAUGAUAUCGACAACGAUAUUAGCCUGGACUUGCCUUUAUCCAAUAACAUUAAUUUGUUACUUGAUAGAUCCAAUAGCAAUACAACCAGUACUAAUAACAAUGAUGACACCACUGACAAUGAAAACAACAAAAUCAAUAACGAAGGCUUCUCUAUUAUAACUAAUGGAAAAACUUUAAGAGAAAAAGAGAAAAGAUCGUCAAAAAAGAAAAGAAUCAAAGUUCCUAGCAAAAUUUCUCUCGAAAAUUGUGAUGAAUUUCUCCAUGCAAGAGUUUUAGAAGAGCCCGAAUUCGAUCUCCCUGAAUCACUUAAAGCAUAUGAUUCAUCUAAAUAUGAAAUCAUGGUGAGUCCUGUUGUAAAAACUUUAAUAGCAUUAUACUCUGAUGAGAUCACAGGAAACUUGACUGUUCUAAGAAUUCAAUCAAAUCCAUGGAAAACAAUUUUUUUUCCAAGGUGUCAAAUGGCCUUUGCUGAUUUAUUAACUCUUGGUAAUACGUCUCGUCCAAAACAUUCCCUAUUAUUUGCUUGCUUAUCAGCAUCUGCUUUUUUCUUGUCCAACAAAUUCAUUGGUAAUUCAAAACCUUAUAAUUAUUGGUUGGAGCUAGGAUAUCGUUUUAAAGAGCUCUCAAUUGAUCAUUUGCUUAAAUUUGUUGAUGACAUUAAUAUUUUCAAAUACAAAGAAGUAUUAACCUCAUUCCUAAGUAUUGCUACAAUUGAUUCAAUUAGUGGAACAAUGCAAGACAGUGAGCAAAUUUUGAAAGCCUGUGAGGUUUUUGUUCUAAAGAGAAUUAGAAAUAAUUCCAAGAUUUCUCCCAAGGCUAAAGGAUUGCACAAUAUAUAUGAUUUUUUGAUGCUUUUAUAUAAUUCAACCUCUGUUUAUGAUUUUGAUAUCAACAAUUAUAAGCUAAAAGAAAUAUUUCAAAAAAUUUCAAGAAACAGCAAAGGGAGAGUUAAACCAGAUAUAAUCUUUGAUUACAGUAAAAAACUAGAAAACCCAUUUCAAAAUUAUGGAGACAAUACUCAAAUUGAUGCAGAAAAAUUGAAAAAAAAAUCAAAGUUAGAAUAUUUAUUAAGUAACACUAACGAUUUAUCAGAUAUAACAAGAAAAUCUAAAUUUCCUAAUUUUAUUUUGACAGCUCGUUCGGAUGAUACUGAAAGAAAAACUGGAUCAUUUAAAAUGGCUUAUAACUCUCCUUUAACGAUUAAAAAUGAUGAAUCUUUUAUCAAGAAGAAACAAAUCGUCAGUACUCUGCAAGCAAAACGUAAUUUCACUAAAUCAAGCAGUAAAAGUAUCUCCAAUUUAAAGCAAUCAAUGCCCAUAAAAAAAAGUACAGAAUCUAUUUAUGCUAGUGAUUCUUUGUUUGCUUUACCCAAUUCUAUUAUAUAUUUACUUAUUGAAGCCAACAAACUAUUCACUGAUAAAAAAAAACUAAAAAAUGGUCUGUCAGAUGGUCAUAAAAAAUUAGUGGAUACUUUUGAAGAAAAAUUAAAUUCAUGGAAACUGGAAUGGUUUCUUUUCCAAAAUAGUAACCCAAAGGAAAAGGAAAAAGCUUUGGCUAUUUUAAAUAACAGCAAACUUGAUAGCUUAACUGUUUUAAACAGGCUUGUUUUUGAGACCAAUUGGCAUUGUGCUGUUUAUCAUAACAUGUAUUCUUUUUACUAUGCCCUCAAAAUUUAUUUUUAUACAAUUAUUAAAAAGGAAGAAAACCCAAAAGAAAUAAAAAAAUUUGUUGAUUUCUGCUAUGGUCAUUUAUCACAAAUUCAACACAUUCGUGAAGUUCAUGAUGUUACCAUUAAUCCUCUUUUUUGGCAAUAUUUUAUUUGUGGCUGUGAGAUUGACAAUGAUAUUAAAAUGCAAAAAAAAUUUGACAACCUACUCAAUAGACAUGAAAAGCUAUCAUUGAAAAACCAUUGGAGAGCUAGAGAAGUUAUGAGGGUAGUCUGGAAAGAAAGAAAAAAUGGACACAAUGUGAGUUGGAUUGAUGUUCUCCAACAACAAAAUUUUUCUUUACUUCUUGACUAA